AUGGAGGAUCUUCCCGAAGAUAUGAUAUUAAAGAUCUUUACCCAUCUUCCUCCGGAGCCACUUUUUAAGUGCAAACUUGUAUGCAAAAAAUGGGAAAAUAUCCUCCUCUCGCACAAAAAAGUGGGUAUUCUCUUCUUGUUUCGAUCAUGUUGGGAAAGAAACCUUCAACUUUUCUAUGGAGAUUAUGAGGAGAUUUUUAGUAAGAUUAGUUCUGGUGAGGCGGACUUUUCAUUCAAAAGUCUCACAAAGAUCAAUCACCCUGUCAUUAACCGUCGAGAAACCCAACUGUCCGUGGAUCAGAUGGUUGGUUCUUGCAAUGGUUUGGUUUGCCUCCGCGUACCCCAUCACGACAUCAAUGAUCCUGUCUACAUCUGCAAUCCUAUGACUAGAGAAUACAUUAAUCUUCCCCGCUUGGAAUACAAAUUUGGUUUCGUGGUUAGUGGAUUUGGCUACGAUCCUUCGACCAACGAUUACAAAGUCAUUCGCAUCCAUUAUCGGGGCAGAUCUCGCUGGUAUAGGCCGGUAACAAAAGGAUUUGUUGAAAUAUACACACUUGGGAGGGACUCUGCGGGGUGGAGAAGUCUAGGAGAAGUCACCUACACGUUGAACAAAAGGGGCGUCCUUGCAAAUGGAUCGUUGUACUGGCUUGACUACGAUAAAAAGAAAAUUGUGGCUUUUGAUUUGGCGGAUGAAAUAUUCCAAUUGCUCCCAGAUGUGCCGCAAUGUUUUGGUGGAAGCAGUGAGCUUGUUGAAUAUCAAAUCAAGGUAUUGGGAGGGAAUUUAUGUCUCGUUCAUUUUGACAGAGGUCGGCAACUGGACAUAUGGUCAUACAAAAAUAAGCAAAAGAAAACUGAUGAUAAAGAAGAAGGGAGUCAUUCUUGUAGUUGGAGUCUGGAAUUUCAUAUACCAAGUUCUGCUCUCGGUGUGAACGAUGUUUAUGAACCCUUCGCGCUCACAAAGAACAAUGAAAUUCUGAUGUGGUGGAAUGGAACAGGUAUUUGCUGUUAUGACACGAAAACUAAAAUUAUGAACGAAAUGUUGGAUGAAAAGUUUAAUAAGCUGAGAAAUUUUCAAGGAAUACCACAUAUGAACAGCUUUCUAUCAAUUAAACCUCUAGGUGGAAAGAAUUUAAAGACUGAAAACCACCAAAACAAGAAAAAGAGAAAGCCCAAGUUCGUAGAUGAUGAGUCUGACAACUAG